AUGAAGAGAACAGCAAGUUUGUCUGAUACUCAAGUUCAAAUAAUUGAGGCCACCUGCAGUGAUCAUGGAAAGCCUUUGGAGCUCUUUUGUGAAACAUGUAAUACAGCAAUCUGCUCUCACUGCUGUGUUCGUAAACACAAGCAUCAUGAUUGUGACCUAGUCACUGACGUUUUUACUAAACAUUGUCAAAAGUUAAGAGAAUGUCUAUUGCCAGUUGAAGCAAAGAAAGUAGCACUCAAGAGGGUUCUGUCUGCUCUAACAAGGAGAGAGGGUGAGAUCAGAGAGAAAGGAGAAUUAAUUUUGAAAGAUAUACAUAAAAUGGUAGAGGAAAUGAUGGAUGUCCUUCGUGAGUCAGAGAGGAAACUGACUGAGCAGGCAAAGAGGGUUACUGAUGAUAAACUAAGGGUGCUUUCAGAGCAGAUCAAAUCAGCAAAAAUUAAUCUGGGUCUUCUGGAAGAUGUUGAGGAUUAUGUCAAAGAAAGUCUGAAGACAGGCAGUCCUCAACAAGUCCUGGGAUUUAAAGAACAAAUGAUCGAGCACAUGAGUGAAGUUACUGCACAGGUCAAUAUAGAGAAGUUACAGCCAAAGGAAAAGGCUGACUUUGCAUUGAGUAAAGAUAUCAAAUCACUGCAUCACAUUGGAGAUAUUGUGACCUACUCAUCUACUGCACUAGAGCAGUGUAAAGUGAAGAAAAUUGAUAGCAUUAUAACUACUGAAAAAACAGUUUCAUUUCCACUAUCAAUUGAGGCACAAGAUUCGUCUCUUUUGUCAGUCCCUGUCUCUUUUUUGAGGUGUAGUCUAGUACCAGCAGCAUGUACUAUAGCAGAGCUCAAUGGUCCAUGGGGAGUUGCUGUUAGUGAUGAAAAUCUAAUUAUGGUGACUGAGUGGGGUGGUCACUGUGUAACGAUACUGGAUAGAGAAGGAAAGAAAGUGAAAUCAUUGGGAGGAAAAGGAAGAAGUGGCAAUGUUAAGUUUUCUUCCCCUCGUGGUAUAGCCAUUACUCCAGACAAAUGCAUUCUUGUGUCUGAUAAUCACAGGAUCCAGAAGAUAAGCAUGGAUGGACACUGUUUAGCUAUAGUUGGCAAGAAAGGCAGUGGACCACUACAAUUUAUUUAUCCUGAUGUCUUGAAUCCUGACCUAUCCUUCAAUCGCUCGUUUGGUAGUGAAGGAUCAGCUAGUGGGCAAUUUAGGUAUCCAAAUGACAUUGCUAUUGACUGUCAUGGAUUAGUCUAUAUUACUGAUAGUGAUAACCAUUGCAUUCAAAAGUUUUCUCCUAAUGGAAAGUUUGUGGGUUGGUUUGGUAUUAAAGGUUCUGGUCCUGGAGAGCUUAAUAGGCCCAAUGUCUUCACUAGUGAUGGUGUGUUUGUCAGUAGUUUUGGUGGGAAAGGGAGUGAUAUUGAUCAUUUUCAAGAACCAUUGGGGUUAACAUUUGAUAGAAAUGGAUACUUCUAUGUUUGUGAUCAUCUUAAUAGACAACUUUUUGUUUAUUAA